AUUAAUGCGCUUCACUGCAGCUCGCGCAGAACCACUGGAGGCAGUCAAGCAUCACACCUCGAGCUCAACAGGAGGAGAGGAGGACAGCAGCAAAGUCUGCACACACACAUACAGACCGCUCCAAGUCCGCGCUUACUUCAACAAGGAUUUCUCAGCGUCCAUGGAUACUCCCACUUUUGCAUGUCAUUUCCACGGAAGCUUCAAACAUGAAUCGCGCAUAGACUUGAAAUCGCUUCUCACGCGCGCAGACAAGGGCAGAUAAAAGAGACGUGCGUACUGUCCAAACUAACUGCAAAGACGCAUGAUGGAUAAAGAGAUCAGAGGGAAAGCGACCUUACGCAAGCACAGUGCUUCUCACUGGCGUAUGCAGAAGAUCGCCCAGGAAUCUGUUGACAGCUCAGAUGAUGAGUUUUUUGAUGCCCGAGAGGUGCUGGAGGGGAAGACGGCCAUGCUUUUGGGCAUGAGUCAGUGGAACUCUAAUGAUCUUGUUGAACAGAUAGAAACCCUGGGCCACAUCGACCAGUCGCAGGAGAGUCUUUACCAUGUAAGGAGGCCAAAAUGUGUCCCUCAGACUAGCAUCGAUGGUCUAGAGGAAGCUGAGAACAAAUGUCAAACACAUGUGCUGGUGUUGGUGGUUCAUGGGGGAAACAUACUGGACCUAGGGGGCGGAGAGGCAGGCACGAAGACCGCAGAUGUAAACACCCUGUCCUCAGUGCUGGAGAAAGUAUCUCAAGAUCAUCUCCAAGCUGCAGCUCAGCAUGUUGUCAUCAAGUUGGUGCCGUGCCCAGCCGUAUGCGCAGAGGCCUUCUGCCUUGUAUCAAAUCUGAACCCUUACAGCUACGACGAGAGUUGCGUAUCCAGCAGCGUAGACCAUUUACCUCUGGCCGCUUUACCACUGCUCGCUAUUGCUGCUCCACACUACCAAGACGCUGUUGCAACUGUGAUCGCCCGGGCCAACCAGGUGUACCACAGCUUUCUGCAGUCUCCAGAGGGACAGGGAUUCACAGGCCAGGUGUGUUUGUUGGGUGACUGUGUGGGAGGUGUGCUGUGCUUCGACGCUCUCUGUUUCAGCAACAGCCCACGACACAGCAGCCCCAUCCACACCAGCCAACGUAACAGCACAGAGAGCUUAAAGGAUAACCCUGAGGUCAGUCCGAGUCUGAGCUCCAGCAAACGUCUUAGCAGGAGCAACAUUGACUUAUCUGCCCCCAGUGAGACCCGCAACAGGAAAACUCCCCUCAGCCGCAAACAGAGCGACUCGUUUGAUGGAGACUCCUCUGGCAGCCAGCACCACCCGUUCCUCAGUCUGAUACAGGAUGGAACAGACCUGAGACCAAGCAGCAGCACCAGUCUAGUGUUGAAUCCAGGUCGCUUUGACUUUGAGGUGUCGGAUUGUUUUCUGCUGGGUUGUCCUCUUGGAUUGGUGCUAGCCAUGAGACGCACUGUGCUUCCAGCUGUCCAGGUGUCUCAGCUCCGGCCUGCAUGUUCACAGAUCUUCAACCUGUUUUACCCUUCUGACCCGUCGGCCUCUAGACUGGAGCCGUUGCUGCACUCUCAAUUCCACAAACUGCCUCCUUUCCCUGUGCCCCGCUACCAGCGUUAUCCUCUGGGAGACGGCCGUUCCACUCUUAUCGUUGAUGAAAUCCACAGCUACUCUGAUGUGUUCCUGCCCGGCAGCACGGUUCCGGCGGGCGCUCCGCACUCCUCCUCUCCCCAGACAGAGCACAGUGCAGGUGGGCGGGUGGGCGUUGAGGUCCGCAGGUCCAGUUUGACCAGCAUGGACAGCCAGUUUUCGGGCUGCUGGGAGAGCAAGCUGAGCAGCACCAUCACCAACAUUUCCAGUAGCUGGUGGGGGUCUAAACGGUUGGAUUACACUCUGUACUGUCCAGACGUUCUGACAUCAUUCCCCACCGUGGCUCUUCCUCAUCUGUUUCACGCUUCUUACUGGGAAUCCACCGAUGUGGUCGCCUUCCUUCUACGACAGGUGAUGCACUGUGACUAUGUGAAAGCCCAAGAGAUGGACAACUCUGACUCUGCCCCCUUCUCACCUUCAAGUCCAAGGGAGAAGUGGCUACGUAGACGCACACAUGUCAAGCUUAGGAAUGUGACCGCCAACCACAGAGUCAAUGAUGUUAUCGCAACCGAGGACGGGCAUCAGACCCUGGUGGGUCGUUUCAUGUACGGUCCGCUGGAUAUGGUGACCCUGACUGGGGAAAAGGUCGAUGUGUACGUGAUGACCCAGCCACAGUCAGGUCGCUGGGAGCACUUCGACACCGAGGUGGCCAACAGCAGCGGCAGAGUGACCUACACCAUCCCCAAAAGCAAAAAAAUGGCCGUGGGGGUCUACCCCAUCAAAAUGGUUGUCAAGGGUGACCAGACAAGCGCAGAGGCCUUCCUGACGGUCUUGCCUCGGGGGAUGGAGUGUGUCGUCUUUAGCAUUGAUGGUUCAUUUGCCGCUAGCGUCUCAAUUAUGGGCAGUGACCCUAAAGUACGGCCCGGAGCUGUGGAUGUAGUCAGACACUGGCAGGACUUGGGAUACCUGAUCAUUUACAUCACUGGCCGUCCAGACAUGCAGAAGCAGAGGGUUGUGUCCUGGCUGUCUCAACACAACUUCCCCCAGGGGAUGAUCUUUUUCUCUGAGGGGUUGGUGCACGACCCUCUUCGCCAGAAAACCAUCUUCCUCAGGAACUUAGUGCAAGAGUGUCACAUUAAAAUCAACUGUGCCUAUGGCUCCAUGAAGGACAUUUCCGUCUACAGCAUGCUGGGCCUCAACCCCAACCAGAUAUAUAUAGUGGGUCGGCCCUCCAAGAAGUACCAGAAUCAAUGCCAGUUCCUGAGUGAGGGCUAUGCAGUACAUCUCUCCUCCCUGCAGUUCAGUCACAGAGCCCGGCCCAAGAAGAGCUCUGUGCGGAUGGUUCUUCGAAAGGGCUCAUUUGGUCUGUCAGCCAAAACAGACUUCCUGUGUAAGCGGACACACCUUCGCCGCACCAUGUCGGUGCAACAGCCUGACCCACCCAUGACACCCAACCCUAAACCAGAGCGAGCUCAGAGCCAGCCCGAGUCCGACAAGGACCACGGGGGUGGAGGGGGUCCAGGACAUGCCAUGUGGGCACGGGGGUCCAUGCACCGUGGCGACACCACUCCCUGACCCAAGAGAAACAUAGGAGGGAUGGAAAAAGCACAGAUGGGAAUGAUCUCUCGGUGGACAAAGCCCAGCAUCUUUACUCCUUCCGCUGACAUCACAGCAUAAAAUAAGACAAAUCCCACCUGAGCUGAUAAAAACUCCUUAGUGAAGAGCCCUCCGCAAGGAUUUGACACAAUGAUGCACAAACUCUUGAUGCUUUGUUUCGGCAACAGGAGCAGAGGAGAUUUCAGUUUCUAAAUUCAAUUUCAUCCAUGCUUCAUCCGUCCGUGAUGAUUUGAAGAUGUACGUCGGGAUCUUCUGGAUUUUUUUAACAUCGUACGAAGGAUUCCUUGCAUCACCCAUAAGGAACAAAGAGGAUAUCUGAUAAGAUCCUCAGAGAAAACAUCAAAUUUUCUUUCGCCUAAGCAAUAUGGGGGAAGAGGGAGGGUGAGUAUCCCACUGCUCGGACAGGUGGCUGUGCUGACGCCUACCGUAAUCCCUCUGUUUUAAUAUUGCAGGCAUUUGUCUGCUCUCUGAGCGUCUGUCUAUGGCCCACUUGUGCCCAGAUGGACUUGCAAACUGUACAUUAACCUUUUGUGCCGGUGUGGCGACCUGGCCUGAACUCUUGCCGCCCCUGUCUCUGUUCAGCCGCUCAGCCAGAACAGAGUCUGACAGCGAUGGCCACCGCUCCUAAACUCCGCCCACUCCUCCGCUGGGUCACGCCACAACUCGCAGCACUCUGCUACACUGCAGAAGCAUAUUUACAACUAUCGUUGGUUCUUCUUGUGCCUGUCUCUCACUUGUGUUGUAAAAUAUGCAGCAAGUGGCACUGAGGCAAACUGAUAAUGUAUAAUGUAUUGCGUGUGGCUUGUGACUGCAGCAGUCCUCGCACUGCAAUAAAGCAUUUUCUUAAUUAGUGUUUUGGUCUCUUUUCCAGUGCAAAUAUUUAAACCUCUUUAAAACAAGAUAAAUUUACUUGUAUAUCUUGGGAUUAAAUAAAUAAAUGGUUUUCAGACAAUACUAAGCAGCACAACUGUUUUAACAUUUAUAAUAAGAAGAAAUGUUUCUUGAGGUCCAAAUCAGCAUAUUAGAAUGAUUUCUGAAGGAUCAUGUGACACUGAAGAACUGGAGUAAUGGCUGCUUGAAAAUUCUGCUUUUAUAACAGGCAUAAAUUACAUUUAAAAAUAUAUUAAAAUAGAAAACAGAUGUUACACUAUAAUACCUCACAUUAUUUAUUUUACUUUCUUUUUAAAUCUUUUUUGUUCAAAUAAAUGCAGCCUUGUUUUGUUUUUGUUUUUUGAUAAACAUUAUAAAGGCUUACUGACCUGAAACUUUUGAACAGUAGUGUAUAAAUUAAAUAUAUAUUCUCUGAAUACAUACUGCACCUUAAUGUUUUUUUUUUUAUUAUUGAUUUAUUUUUCUUCUCAAGUAAAUUUAUCUUUUUAAGAAUGCUUAGAUAUUUUAACUGAAAACCAAGAUUAAAAAUCUGAUAUUUUUUUUUAAUAUCUCACAUUAAAUGGCCAAACAACCAAAAUAAAUCUGUAUUGUAAAGUGACUGUGGUUGUCAAGAUGUCGUCAUGUCACAUUAUUGGUUUUAUCGGUUCGACAACUUGCACAGAAACACACUGAUAUUGUUUACAUGGAAAUCCAUCUCACGGAGUAUGAUGGUCUUGUUGAAGAACAUACUAUAUUAGUAUUUUAUAUUAUGCUUGAGGAGAACCUUGGUGUUACAAUAAAGAAAUGUAAACAAACUGCUGUGUGUGAACAAAAGAUGCAAUCGGGCCACUAGAAUGCUGUUGUCACCACGACUCUGCCAGAUGGUGUCCAUAGUCAAUAGUUCUUGUAAUGUCAAAUUUUCCUAUUGUAGCUACUGAUUUUGGUAUUUUGUAUGGGACUGUCUCCUGAAAAUUGAAAUUUCACAGUGAAAGUAUUUAUGUAAUUUUAUUUUAUUGUAUAAUUAAUUGUAAAUCUUUAUAUAAGAGUAUGAAAGUGGGUAGGCACUAGUGUAAUGGUCUGUGUGGGUCUGUAUCUAUGGGUGCGCAUGUCUGUCACGUGUAUGCAAAUCUUAUCUGAGUCUUAGUUUGAGAGAUUUUGUUUUGUAUUUAUUGUAGAUACAUUUAAUUCAGAGAUUGUGCUAGUGGCCUUUUGAUCCUCUGAUAGUUAUAAACUGAGCCUGUAAUUUGUGGAGAUUUUAUAGGCAGACUUUUUAAUUAUUUCACUUGUGAACAUUUAAACAACAUUGCUGAAUUGUCUAUAUAUACGAACAUGUUUUCAGCCUUAUCAAGAUGUAUAUUUAUUUGACUGAUAUCUACACUCUCAGAUGGUGUGUGAAAAAGUAUAUUUAUAUUUUAACACCAUGUACAGUAUAAUACAUAUUCUAUUCACAACUGGGUGAGUGGCCUGUUGUAAUGUAUUAUUGUAGUAUUUGGUCCAGUUGGUCUAUUUCAGUGGAUGUGCUUCUGUUGGCUCUAUGCCGAGCUGUAUACUCAUUUUUCAAUAAACCAUCAUAAAUCCUGCUUGA